AUGAAAUUAAAUAUUUUUUUAUUGCUUGCAUUUUCGAUUAUUUCACCAUUAAAUGCAUCGGAAUUGAGUGCUGAAGAUUUGAGUUUUGAGGAAGACAGUGUUGAAAUCUUUGGAAAUGACGAUGAACCAGUAAUGAACAUAAUGGCGGAUAUCUUGCACAUGAGAUUAGAGAACUUAGUUGAAAAUGAGAUUAUGGACCAAAUUCCGUCAUAUACCGAGACGACAUUGCCAAUAAAUUCGUACAUGAUUGAAGUUUUAGAUGAAUUGAGAAGGGCUAGGAAACAUGAAUCAUAA